CUCCGCCCAGCAACAUAACACAGCAGAGUGCCCCAUGCGUGUGCAGAGGAGCAGCGGGCUGCAGACAGGGCACCGUGCCAUCUUCACACCGGUCUGCGCUGCCACCACCCACCGCAACCUACAGGACCUACCACGGUGUGUGUACCAGACAGGACUGGGACCGACCUGCACUGUCUACAAGGAGCUGCAAUGCAAUCUUAAGACUUCAUACCUGGAACUGUCAAAAUCCUCAGAUCUUUACAACACAGACAGUAAGAAUCCAGUGUGAUCCCUACCCCUGGGACUGUCAGAAUCCAGUGUGAUCCCUACCACUGGGACUGAUCCCUACACCAGAGACUGUCAGAAUCCAGUGUGAUCCCUACCACUGGGACUGAUCCCUACACCAGAGACUGUCAGAAUCCAGUGUGAUCCCUACCCCUGGGACUGAUCCCUACACCUGAGACUGUCAGAAUCCAGUGUGAUCCCUACCCCUGGGACUGAUCCUAUUCCAGUGUGAUUCUUUAUCCCUGGGACUGUCAGAAUACAGUGUGAUCCCUACACUGGCACUGUUGGAAUCCACUGAUCCCUACAUCUGGAACUGUUUGAAUCCUGAGAUUGCUGCACCUGGGACUGCCGGAAUCCAGUGAUCCCUAUAUCUAGGACUGUCAGUCCUCAUAUCCUUAUACCUGGGGCUGUCAUUAUAUCUCUACAUCUGGAACUGUUGGAAUCCUGAGAUUGCUGCACCUGGGACUGCCGGAAUCCAGUGAUCCCUAUAUCUAGGACUGUCAGUCCUCAUAUCCUUAUACCUGGGGCUGUCAUUAUAUCUCUACAUCUGGGACUGCCAUUCUCCCUAUUCCUUGGAUUGCCAUACUAUCCCAGGGACUGCCAGUCCUCUGAUCCCUACACCUGGGACUGUCCUGAGCUCACACCUGGUGGACUGUCCCUCAGAUGAGGUGUUGAGCAGUGACUUGGUCUUAUUCUUUGGUCACCUGUAGCAGAGCAGAAGAGGGAGCACAAUGUUUGACAAGAGGAGGAUCCCCUUUGUGGUGCUGGACAUAGUGUGUCUGAUCCUGGCUGGCCUACCUCUGGGCGUAUUAAAGUUGAUCACAAAAAAGCCGUAUCAGAGAGGGUUUUUCUGUAAUGACGACAGCAUCAAGUAUCCCUUCCAUGACAGUACCGUCACCUCCACAGUACUCUACACAGUAGGCUUCACUGUGCCCAUAUGCUCAGCUGUCCUUCUAUUCGGGCCACUCCUCCUUCUCCAUGUACUGCAUGCUCUUCCUCGCACUUUAUCUUCAGUCCCGAAUGAGAGGAGAUUGGGCCAGGCUUCUCCGUCCCACCAUCCAGUUUGGCCUUGUUGCAGUUUCCAUUUAUGUUGGUCUUUCUAGAGUAUCAGACUACAAACACCACUGGAGUGACGUCCUCGUUGGCCUCAUCCAGGGAGCCAUUGUGGCAGUCCUUAUUGUUGUGUACGUGUCAGAUUUUUUCAAAGACAAGAAGAACAGCUUCAAUCCCAAAGAGGAGGAUUCACACACUACGCUGCACGAGACAUCAACCAACGGGAACCACUAUGGAAGCGGCCACCAGCCAUGAAGCCACUUCUGCCAGUAUCCUGCUUUCACCACAAAGCAUUGACACAAGUUCUGUUCUCUUAACUAGCCUUUAGGGCUAAACACCACAAGCAGUUUUAAUUUCAAGCUGAGUGAUUUAAUCCAAUGGUUGUUAGGCAUUUUACCACACAGGCUGUGUGCUGUAAAGAAGAUAACUGCCAGCAAGAGAUUCAAUGGCUUACUAGCAUGAGACUAAAUCUGCUUGUGUAGGUUAGUCCUUUGCCUUCAGUGCUGGAGACGCUGACCCUGCAUGGCACUCUAGCACUUAAGCAUGUGAUCUGCAUUUGUUGCCUAUACACCAUGCCGGCAGCCAUUCUGUAAGCUAAACAGCCAUUGGUGAAAACACAGCCUGGCCAUGCAGUAUACAUAAUGGCUUUGUGUGUUGUGUAUAGGAGACUUAUGCUAUGGAAUGCUGCUGCUAUACCUGUCAGAUGCCCACUUUGUAUAUAGUUAUAAAGAACACCUUUUUAUGUAUAUGUUAUAGCUUUAAAAUUUUUAAAUAAAACUUGUUUAAUGCUUUUAUCAACUAUACAGAGACACAAUACAAGAAAUGUGGUAUUCAAAUUGUAAAUUUUUUUUAAUUAAAAUAGUGUGGUAAUGGUAUGUACAAACAAGUAAUAUUGCUAUGCACGAACGUUGCUUGGUUCUGCACACUGUAACACCAAAACAAUAAAACGGUUUAUAUAAACAA